AUGAACGACAUGAUUAGUCCUGUUCCUUCUGACGACGACACGAAUGGUAAGAAAGAGAAAGAAUUCAAAUCGGAUGAAGGAUCUCAAGAGGUCGACAAAGAGGUGAUGGUAUUACCUGUCGAGCAGGGGGAAGAUAACAAAAUAGAUGUGCAUACCCAUUUGUACGAUGGCUUGCAAAGGAAUAUGGAACAACGUCACUUGCAGAUGAUUGCCUUAGCUGGGACGGUCGGUGUUGGAUUCUUCCUAGGGUCAGGAAAGGCUAUAGCUCACGGUGGACCUGUGGGAGCUCUGUUAGCUUAUAUGCUUAUUGGCUCUGUAUCGUAUUGUCUUUUGAUGUCAGUCGGGGAGAUGGCAGUGUAUGCUCCUAUUUCAGGAGGGUUUAUUCAUCUCGUCGAAAGAUUCUUCAACCCCUCUGUCGGUUUCGCCAUGGGAUGGCAGACCGUCUAUUCAGGAAUCAUCACCGUGCCCAAUGAGAUCAUUUCAGCUUCUAUACUCAUGUCAUUCUGGGACGACGCUUUCCCUGUUGGAAGACAAGCUUUGUACCUCACGCUCCUUGCCAUUUGUUGCGCUUCCGUCAACUUCCUGGGCGUACGUUGGUUCGGCGAAUCCGAAUUUAUCUUCGCUUGCAUCAAGAUCGCCUUAAUUGUCGGUCUGAUAUUGGGAGGUCUCAUAGUGGACUUAGGUGGAAGUCCUUCUGGCGAUAGGAUCGGUUUUCGAUAUUGGAGGAAUCCUGGUGCUUUUGCGGAAUAUCAUUAUGCGGGAAACCUUGGCAAGUUCCUCGGCUGGUUCACCGACUUGUUACAAGCUGCCUUUUCGUUUUUGGGUAUGGAACAAAUAGCUGUGGCUGCUGCAGAAGUAAAGAAUCCUCGAGUUUCCGUGGCCAAAGCUUUUCGUAGGAUCUUUUACCGAAUAUGUUUAUUCUAUGUGAUUGGAAUUUUCAUCGUUGGGAUGUUAGUGCCAUAUAACAACCCCAAGCUUCUUCAAUCGACCGGUACGGCCGCAUCAUCCCCUUUCGUACUCGCUUUCAAUCUCGCCGGUAUCAAAGUCCUUCCGUCCAUCAUCAACGCCGCUGUCCUCACUUCAGCCUUUUCAGCUGGAAGUUCAGCUCUUUACCUUACUUCACGAAUGUUAUACGGUCUCGGUCUUCGUGGUCACGCUCCAAAGAUUUUCGCAAAGACGACUAAAAAAGGUCUUCCGAUAGUUGCUUUAAUGACUGUGACGUUGUUCACUUCGUUGUCGUUUAUGCAAUUAGGAGCAGGAGGUGAGACAGCUCUGAAUUGGUUAUCUAAUUUGAGUUCUUUAUCCGGUUUUAUCAAUUGGUGCACACUUUCAAUCACAUUUCUACGGUUCAAAGCUGGUUGUGAAGCACAAGGAAUUGAUAGAACGAAAUUUCAUUUUUGGAAUAGAUAUCAACCAUGGCCGGCAUAUUGGGUCAUCUUUUGGUGUAUUAUCGUAAUCGUUUUCAACGGUUGGGAAGUGUUCACCAAAGGCGGGUGGAACACUUCUAAUUUUAUAGUAUCAUAUAUUAACCUUCCCAUAUUUUUCUUACUCAUCCUCGGAUAUUGGUUCAUUAAACGUCCUCGUCAUCUUCAUUCGGCCGAAUUGGAUUUCGUGUCAAAUAUUCCUACCGAUGCGGAAGUUUCGUACGAAGAGCCUCCCCCUAAGAAUUUGUUCUAUAAAGUAUGUAAUUAUCUCUUCACUUAG